AUGGACAUCCCGGAUAAGCAUCGGGACGGGACGCCGGCAGGACUUAAGCAGUCACUCUACCACCACCAGGAACUCGCCUUGUCUUGGAUGAAGAAAAUGGAGGAGGGUACCAACAAAGGCGGCAUCUUGGCCGACGACAUGGGUCUCGGCAAGACGAUAUCCACCCUGGCUCUCAUGUUGGCAAGACCUGCCGUAGGGCGACCCAAGACGAACUUGAUUAUCGGGCCGCUCUCGCUAGUACGCCAGUGGGAGGAAGAGAUUUCGAAGAAGACUAAGCUCUCGCAUCGCAUGUCCGUCUUCGUAUAUCACAACACCAAGGCGAUGACGGAUGACUUGCUCAGAUACGACGUUGUCCUAACGACAGUCGUGCUCGACGAGGCACAGUGCAUUAAGAACAGGAAGACCAAGACGGCGAAAGCCUGCCACGCGCUCAAAUCCACAUAUCGGUGGUGCCUCACUGGUACCCCGAUGAUGAAUGGGGUCCUCGAACUCUUCUCUCUUGUUCAGUUCCUCCACAUCAAGCCUUACUGCGUGUGGGAGAAUUUUCGACAGGCGUUUGGCAUCCUUUGCGGUCUCAAGGGCGAUGCAAAGAGCGUCGCCAUGAGCAGGCUUCGAGCUCUUCAAGGCUAUCAUGCUGCGAAGAAAGAAGGACUCGCAGCUGAAUGGGAAACCCAUUCUCAAUCUUCCUUCGAAAGACGAAAGCAUAGUAAGUCCCAGGUUCUAUUCAGCAAGUACCUACGCGAAGGCUCUAUCGGCAAGAAUUAUUCCAACAUUCUCGUUCUCCUCCUCCGCAUGCGGCAGGCUUGCUGUCAUCCGCACCUCAACCUGGACGUGGACGAUGCCACCCAGUUUGGCAAAGAGAAAGUGGACGAGAAAAUGGUGCAACCGAUCAAGAGGCUCAGCAAGGCCACUGUGGAAAGGAUCAAGGCGAUUGAGGCUUUUGAAUGCCCGAUAUGUUUCGACGCUGUCCAGUCUCCAUCGUUCUUUAUCCCAUGUGGCCACGACGGCUGCAAGGAUUGUGUCACGCGCUUAGUCGACAACCUGCGGCCGCCAACCUGCAAGCUGGAGAUGAAAGCGACAAGGCUAAGUGCUGUGUGUCGUGGCACUUUUGACGGCAAGAAGUGCUUCACGUACGAAGCGUUUCGGAGCGUUCACAUGCCCGAAACUAUGGUCAAGCAAUCAGAGCCUGGCGUCGAGGACUCAUCCAGCGACGACGAUUCCAAGUCGGAGUCUGAGGAUGACGACUCGGACCACGUGGACCACGCCAAGUCGCAAGCCAACAAGGCUGACAAGACUCCCAAGAAGAACAAAAAGGGCAAGAAAAAGCCGGCCGACGUCAAGCCAUCCAUGCUGAAGAGCUUGCGGCUAGAGGCAAUCAAGAAUCGGGAGGCGUACAAGCGAUAUAUGCGCUACCUGCGAAAGACAAACGGAGAGAAGACCAUUGUCUUUUCUCAGUGGACCCUACUUCUGGAUUUACUACAGGUGGCCAUGUGGCAUGACAAGUUCAAGGACAAGCCGGAGCGGUACGAUGGCAGCAUGUCGGGCGAGGAUCGUGCCCGGGCUGCCAGAGACUUCCGGGACAGGGACAACGUCAAGGUCAUGCUGGUGUCUCUCCGAGCCGGGAAUGCGGGCUUGAACCUCGCGUCUGCCAACAAUGUCAUCAUCAUGGACCCUUUUUGGAAUCCAUACAUCGAGAUGCAGGCUGUGGACCGUGCGUACCGUAUCGGCCAGAAACUGGAGGUGAAAGUCUACCGCAUCCUCACCGAGGAGACGGUCGAGGACCGCAUCAUCGCGCUGCAAGAGCGCAAAAAGGCGAUUGUUGAGGCGGCACUGGACGAGACCGAGAGCAUGAAGAUUGGUCGCCUGAAUGUCAACGAACUCAAGUUCCUUUUCAACACGAGGGACUAG